AUCCCACUUUUCCCAGAAAUGGGAUACAACUACUUGAAGCUAACUGCUGCUGGGUCUGUUGUACGUUAUAACCCCAGUAUUUUUCGAUUAUUCCGCAAACGCGGUAAGAGAUGGGUUUCCUAAAUAGAUAAACCGAAGCAAUCGCGAGAGCAGUACAAGCUUAUCCCUAUUGGUGUGUCUUUCUCCGUGCAUUCUGCCAGAACACGCGGAUUAUGCAACCUCGUCCGCGGUGAUGGCAGGCGAUAAAUCGGUUGAGGGAAAAUAUUUUAUGGACGUGCAUCCGCGACCGCCCAUCAGACGCGCAAACGCGGAAGAAAAAGGUGACGUGAUAAUGAAACAAAGUUCUAAUCAAAGGUCUAGUGUAUCUUUAGCGAACAGUUUAAAGGAUCAAUUCCUGGCUUCAGACGCUGAGUGUGUCACUAAAACGGAUCCGCCGGAACUAAAGAAAACAACUUACUCGCCUCAGAGAAAGACAAGAACGGGCGGGCUGAUCCAAAAGGAGGAGGAAACGUCAACGGUGAAGUUGGGAAUUUCGAGCCAAGGACAUCGUAAAAUGCCAGUAUCGACGAGAUCGCAUUCCCAGGAAUUAAAGAGAGAAGAUGCCACAAAGAGCAAGGAAACAAAUGUUGAAAGAAGAAAAACAGAUCCCAACUAUUUGCAGAAGCGUUUACCACAGGUGAAAAAGUAUCAGAAAGACAGUGAAGAUAGUUCAUGCAGUUUGGAGGAGGACUCUGAAGAGGAUUCAAAUGAAUUUGCUAAGGGUGAUGCUCAUUGUAAUCGAAUGACAGGUCUUCAGGAACGGGAAACUAAAAGCAGAAGAAGAAAUCCAAAUAAAGAAUAUAAUCAAGAAAAAGAAGUUCCACAGACCAUUAUAAAACAAGCUGGUUUUAAACAAAAUGAGUUCAGACAGAGUGGCACUUGGAAAUUAAAGGAGGUCGCAGUUAAGCAAUCUAAAAUCCAAGCACCAGUAGACAAUUGUAAAAAGUACUUGGCUCUUAAAAUAUUCGCAGGAAUUUGCAUUUUGCUUUGCAUGGUAGUUUUGUAUGGAUUGGUGGGUCAAUACGGCUUUCAGAAUAAAACAGCUGUGACAAAUGGGAAAGACAGCCUUCAUAUUUUUCAAACGAAGUUUGACGAAUUGAAGUCGACUUUUACUAAUCAGAGACAUGAACUGUGGAAAAGAACCAAAAUUCUCCUAGAAAAAAAACUUAAAACUUCUGCACAUACUGGACCAGUCAGCAUGAUAUUAACCUCUGGCCGUAAUGCACAGAAGACUCUUCACUGCCUUGCUGACUACUUUGCCAGAGUUUAUUCUUCAAGUUUAAAUGCAAGCUUUUCCCAGAUUGAUGGCUCCAGUAUGUCAUCUUUGGACAGCGAUCAAGUUAAACUUCAAAUAGAUAAAGAUUUAACUAUUGACUUUCAAAGCAACAAGACCUUUGUAGUUAUUAGAAAUUUUGAAGAGCUUCCUCCAGGUUCAACUUUAAUUUUUUACAAAUACUGUGAUCAUGAAAACGCUGCCUUUAAAUCUGCAGCUCUUAUUUUCACUGUCCUAUUGCAAGAGGACACAUUAGACCCAGCAAUGACUUUGGACACAGUAGAGGAGAAGGUUAGAGAUUAUCUUCAAGAAAGGUUUCUUACCUUUAACCAGCCCGCAGCUUUUGACCAAAUGGAUAGCGACAAGCUGGGAGGUCUGUGGAGUCGCAUUUCGCACUUGGUUCUUCCUGUUGCUGAGGAGAUGAACAUUGAAAAACAUGGCUGUGAUUUGUAUCACGAGAAAUAAAUGCAUUUUUCUUGAUCUUUUUAAAAAAAAAAAAAAAUUAUGCUGUAUAUUUGCAUUGUGUUUUACUGUUAUGUUUUAUAUAACAGAAUGACUCCCCAUUAAAUUUUUUAAUGUCUCUAACAGUAAUCAAACAGUAUUUUUGAGUAAUUAUUCUGCACUUAAUACCCCAUUUAAAAAGUACAUUUUUAAAAGGAUGAUUUUAAGCUCUCCAAGUUUAUCACUUCAAACUCAGCUGCUUUUCAGUCCAUGGUAUAUAUUUAUACAAAUAAAAGUUAUCAUCAAACU